CUGUCACUGUUGUCAGAUUUGUAUAUGGUCCAGAGAGAUUAAUUGAAUAUUUUGAGUAAUUUAUGUGAUAAAGAAACAUAAAACACAAUAAUAAUGGCCCGUAAUGUUGCGGAGACAGCUAGAAAAUUUUUACUACUGGGUCAGUGCGUACCUACAGUCAAACAAAACGCUGCUAAAAUAAGGGUUAAGAGGUUAGAAUUGGACGAGAACCUACUCAUGUAUUUUCGAAAAGACGAAUUUUACUAUUGUCAUGAUCCCCAAAAAAUCUGCAAAACUGGAGACAUCGUUCUCAUACAGUCCCUACCACAAAAACUUACAAAAUUAAUUACUCAUGAAGUGAAAGAAGUUGUUUAUCCAUUUGGUGACAUUACCGACCCUAUCACAGGCAAAAAAGUGGCUAAAGAACAAUACAGGGAGGACAUGGCCAGACAAGCAGAGAUUUAUGGGAAAUUAGAUUCUGCCUUUGACUAUGACAAGGCACCCCCUCGAGGCUGGCAAGAUGGAAAGAAAGAUUUCACCUCAAAACCUACUUACACAAAAUUCCAUGUAUUUGAUGAAAAUGAUCCUUAUGCCAUUUAAAAUUGUAUAAUCUUGUAUAGUGUAAUUAUUAUUUA